AUGCCCGAAAGAGAGCCUCGUCAGUUUCUUCCCCAGAUGAUUGGUGAAGGGAUCAUUACCUACUGCCCGGAUUCUGAUGACCCUGUGUUAUCUUCUUUUUACAAAGCGCGCCAAUGGGUCAUCGUGGAGAAGCUGGAUGAGGACCCAUACACGGUUACCCCAGAGGAUUCCGACCAAGGCAUGGGCCCCGCAUUUACUACUGGAAAAUUUCUUUGUCGCCGUGGACAGCACGGAUACCAUGCCUUCAUACAUAUCUACAAACAAAUCCCUCUGGAUGGCACUGAAUUCAAUAGGUCGGAGGAUCGGGAGAAUCAGGCUUCCGAUAUGUCCCCUGUGGAGCUAAAUGCCCUGAAGAAGUUUACAGAGAAUGAGACUAUUCGUGAGAAGUUCAGAGUCGCCUAUAUGGAAAUUCUGAGGCUUGGGUACCAGCCUUUGGAACCAUCCUCAUUACAGCUCAUAUACGAGAGAGAGGAAGAUGAUAUCACAAUCACCGGUUUUGAUACAGCUAUGAAGAUUGAUGAAGAGCCUUACUGGACAGACAACAACUUCGUGAUAUAUAACCUAGUUCUGCUUCCCUCGAAAUAUGAGAAGUACGUUCCCAAGAAGAAGGAUAUCAAAACCGAUAAGAACGGCUGGAGGUGGUGA